AUGAUGGCUGUUACGUCUGAGCACGUUGACAGCGUCUUACAAGGAUUUGUACCUUUAGAGAAUGAUUCUCAUCUAAAGUCGAGUGAAGAAGCUCUUACUCAUUUGGAGGAAGUCAUAUCCCACGUCAUAUCGGAGGCAGUUGAAUACGCCGACAAACCGCCCGAAGAGCGAACUCUCCCUGCUCUUGUUAGGAAGUCUGUUACUCAACCUCGACGACCUAAUGCCAUAAGUAAUUACAACCAAAUUAGUAUGUCGAAUAACGGAACACAAAUUAUGGGAUUUGGCCAGAUGGGUGCCUACGGGUUUCCUCAAGUACAGGGGCAAGUGCAGUGUAAUCCGCGUUUCGCAGUUCAAAAUACCGCGCUUUUGCAGCAAUCGCCACAACGCAUUAUGGCGCAAUACAAUGGCAUCCAGUCCGGUCAUUAUCAUGCCCAAAAUGCUCAACUUCACCAACAAUAUACUCAAGCUGCCCAACAAUUUCAGCUACAACAGCAGCAAGCUCAGUACCAGAUACAGCUGCAGCAGCAGCAGGCUGCAGCCGCUGCAGCAGCUCAACAGCAGGCAACGGCAAUAGCCGUGGCUCAGCAGCAACAGGCAGCUGCGGCUCAGCAGCAACAACAACAAAUGAUGUAUGCGGGCGGUGCAUCCUUUUCUGUGGUCCCCGCGGCGACCCCCUCAUCUGCUCCCACGACUGUCACUACCACUCCUCAAGCACCACCACCUUCAGCUGUCUCUCCCACUGUCAGUCAGCAGCAACAUUCCCUAACACCUCAGCAACUCCACCAGCUCUCUGCUGCUUAUGCCGCCGCUCAUCAAUUACCUGGUAUGAUUCAAACUUUUACACCAGCCCAACAGGUACAGGGCCAGUCCCAGCAAAUGGGCACUGUGGCUGCACAGCAACAGCAGCAGCAACAGAGGUGGGCUGCUUCUUCCCCAGCUGGCGUCUACCAGCAACAGCAACAGCCCAACAAUUCUUCGGAUGCACAACAACAGCAGCAGCAGCAACAGCAAUUCCUCCAUGCACAUCAGGUCCAAGCUCAAGUUCAGGUAUACCUUCCCAGUCUCAUUUGCCUCCGAACGGUCCCUAAGUCCUUCUUAGUUUGUCGUUGA